AUGUUACCGUAUGAGGAACAGUUGACCCAUGUGUCAAGUCUCUUGCUAAAGUAAAACUUGACCCAAAUUUUUGGAAAGACUUGUCUCAUAAUUUCUUCAUCAAGUUCAGCGUUCGCUUCGCGCAGAACUGUUCGUUGGUGACCAUGUUCGGCGACAUAGACGACGAUGUUGAACGCUAUGAUGAGGACAUGGAUGACGACAUGGGGAAUGUCAAUGUCGGAGAAGAUGAGGACGAAGAGUACGAGGGAGAACCAGAAACCGAAGAUGAGGAUGCCAUCUCACCAGAACUGUGGCCUGUAAGAUAAUUCAGAAAAAAUCACUAAGAUUUUGGUUGAUCUUGAUGGACGAAAAGUUGAAAUGCAAUAUUUCAGGAAGCUUGUUGGGUUGUGAUCUCGGCGUAUUUCGAUGAGAAGGGUCUCGUCCGUCAACAGUUGGACAGUUUCGAUGAAUUUAUUCAGAUGAUCGUGCAGAGAAUUGUGGAAGACUCGCCGCCUGUAGAACUUCAGAGUGAAAGUCAGAACUUUGGAGGUAAACUUUUGACUUUUUUUGUCGGUUUUUAGGCAUUUUCGGCUUGGAGGUUCAGCCAGGGAAUCGAAAUCCCCUUUUAUUACCGUUAACGGCGGGUUAGCACUUCUGUAACCGGUUUUAUAUGCUAAUCUUUUUGAGGCAGUCCUGAGUUCAUGGAUAAUCUUAAAUUUCUUAUAUUUUUGAUGCUUGGACAAUGGAGAUAGCUACGAAGAAUUGGCCUAAAAUUUCGAGGCUUCUGUAAAUCACAAUCAGAAGUUGUUCCAUUUGUUUGCCUUGUAUUACGCUUAAAUUUUCAGGCGACAUUGAACAGCCAACUUUGUUCUCCCUGAAAUUUGGUCAGAUUUAUCUCUCAAAGCCGACGCAUUGGGAAAAAGAUGGCGCUCCCACAGGAAUGAUGCCAAAUGAAGCUCGUUUGAGAAAUCUGACCUACUCUUCUCCACUCUAUGUCGAUAUUUCGAAGACUGUCACCAGGCCUGGCCAAGAACCGGAAGAAACGCGCUACAACAAGAUCUUUGUUGGUAAAAUUCCGAUUAUGCUCCGAUCCUCGUAUUGUAUGCUGGCCAACAUGAAUGAUCGAGACUUGACCGAGCUGAAUGAAUGCCCAUUGGAUCCUGGAGGAUACUUUGUUAUCAACGGGUCAGAAAAAGUGUUGAUUGCACAAGAAAAGAUGGCCACAAAUACAGUGUACGUAUUCAGUGUCAAGGACGGGAAAUACGCGUAUAAGACGGAGUGCCGCUCAUGCUUAGAGAAUUCGAGGUAGGAUUUGAGAUUUUUUAUAUUGUUCUUGAGUUUAGUCGACCAGCUUCCACAUUAUGGGUGAAUAUGAUGGCCAAGGGUGGAAAACAAGGGACCAAAGCCUCGAUGGGACAACGAAUGAUCGCUAUCUUGCCCUAUAUCAAACAAGAAAUCCCGGUGAUGAUUGUUUUCCGCGCUCUUGGCUUCGUUUCUGAUUUGGACAUUUUGGAGCAUAUUAUUUAUGAGCAAAAUGAUCCCGAGAUGGUGGAAAUGGUAAAGCCGUCUCUUGAUGAAGCCUUUGUAAUCCAAGAGCAACAAGUUGCCCUGAAUUUCAUUGGUGCCAGAGGAGCGAAACCGGGUGUGACAAAAGAACAGCGGAUAAAAUACGCCAAGGAGAUCCUUCAAAAGGAAAUGUUGCCUCAUGUGGGAGUGUCGGAGCAUUGUGAAACCAAGAAAGCGGUAUGUUUUGCGAGUUUUUUUUGUUUGUUUUUGGUUUUUAGAUUGAAGCAAUACAACGAAAUGAAGUUUUUUAGUACUUCAUCGGCUACAUGGUCCACCGACUUUUGUUGGCCGCUCUGGGCCGCCGCGAACUCGACGACCGUGAUCAUUUGGGCAACAAACGUCUGGACUUGGCUGGUCCUCUCCUCGCGUUUUUGUUCCGCUCCCUCUUCAGGAACUUGAUGAAGGAAGUCCGGCUUUUGGCGCAGAAGUACAUCAAUCAAAAGCAUGAUUUCAAUCUGGAUGUGUGUGUCAAAACCACGACGAUUACGCGAGGUCUUGCCUACUCGCUGGCCACGGGUAACUGGGGAGAUCAAAAGAAAGCCCAUCAGUCGCGAGCGGGAGUGUCGCAGGUCUUGAAUCGACUGACUUAUACGGCCACAUUGUCCCAUCUGAGAAGAUGUAACUCCCCGAUUGGAAGAGAGGGGAAAUUGGCCAAGCCUCGACAGCUCCACAACACUCAAUGGGGCUUCGUUUGUCCCGCCGAAACCCCCGAAGGACAGGCUGUGGGAUUGGUGAAGAACUUGGCACUGAUGGCCUACAUUUCUGUGGGAUCUCUGCCAGAACCAAUUCUGGAAUUCUUGGAGGAAUGGAGUAUGGAAACCCUUGAAGAAGUAGGUUAUUGUUUUUAUUAUUCAGUGUUUCGAAUUUUAGGUCAGUCCGUCAGCGAUUUGCGACGCUACAAAGAUCUUCGUGAACGGCGCUUGGGUCGGUGUCCACAGGGACCCGGACCUCCUCAUGAAGACGCUGAGAAAGUUGAGAAGACAGAUGGAUAUCAUCGUCUCCGAAGUCUCCAUGGUCCGUGAUAUCAGGGACCGUGAGAUCCGCAUCAACACCGAUCCCGGAAGAGUCUGCCGACCUCUUCUUAUUGUAGAUGAAAAUCAGGAGUUACGUCUGAAAAAGAGUCAUAUCAACAAGUUGAAGGAACGCGAAGGAAACAGCUUCUCUUGGUCGGAUCUGGCUGCCAGUGGAGUGGUUGAAUUGAUCGAUGCCAUGGAAGAAGGUGAGGUUUUUUAUGGUUGUAUUCAUCAUCAUGGGUAAUAUGAAAUUUUUGAGAUUUGAAUGGGGUUUUGAAAAUUUGACAUUCGGGAUGGUAAAAUACGUUUCUUAAACCUUGUUUUCUCCAUCAAGGUCACGCUUCUGGAUAUUGUAAUUUAUAAAAAUUCUGAAAUUUUAAUUUUUGACCCCAUUUUUUCAGAAACUUCCAUGGUUGCGAUGACCCCUGAAGAUAUCAAAGCCGGUGGAUAUUGUGACACCUACACUCAUUGUGAAAUCCAUCCAGCCAUGAUUCUCGGCGUUUGCGCGUCGAUUAUCCCGUUCCCGGAUCAUAAUCAAAGUCCUCGUAACACUUAUCAAGUAAGAUUUUUUACUUUUUUUAUGUUUUUAGAUAAGAUCGAAGUGAAUUUGAAAGGCCUAUGGAAGAACAAAAGUCUGUCAAGGUCUAUGAAGUAGACUAGAAGUCAUUGUAGCGCCAGUCCUUGCAAUAAUUUUCGUUUUUUCAGAGCGCUAUGGGCAAGCAAGCUAUGGGUGUGUAUACGACCAAUUUCCACGUCCGAAUGGACACUCUGGCUCAUGUUCUGUACUACCCACAGAAGCCUCUCGUAACCACGAGGUCCAUGGAAUACCUCCGGUUCAACGAACUGCCCGCUGGCAUCAAUGCGAUCGUCGCGAUUUUGUCCUACACUGGGUACAACCAAGAAGAUUCGGUCAUUAUGAACUCUUCCGGAAUCGACAGAGGGCUGUUCAGAUCGGUAAGAGAGGCGGCUUGGGGUUAUUUACGGACAAACCUUUUUGGAGGAUUUGAAAAUUUUGCCAAAAUUUAUAUUGUUUUAGGUGUUCUAUCGGUCAUAUCGAGAUCAAGAAGCCAAUUUGGAGUAUGGAAACCCGGAAAUCAUCGAGAAACCGUCGCGAGACUUUUGCUCAGGCAUGAGACACGCGGCCUACGAGAAAUUGGACGAGGAUGGAAUCAUCUCACCUGGGGUUAGGGUAACUGGAGAUGACGUCAUUAUCGGAAAAACAAUCAGUGUUCCCGAAGAUGAUGAUCCAAAUGCAUCGUCUAAGAAGUACACAAAGAGAGACUCUUCGACUUUCUUGAGGUGAGAAUUAUUUUUGAUAUUGGAAUUUUUAUAUUAUCCAUGAGAAGGUGGACCAAAAUUUUUGCUUGAAAAUUCAAAAUUGAAUAUUGGUUUAUAUUUACAAUGGUUUUAGAUCCUCGGAAACCGGAGUAAUCGACCAGGUCAUGCUCACCGUCAACACUGAUGGCAACAAAUUCAUCAAAAUCCGAGUCCGAUCAGUCCGUCUCCCCCAAAUUGGCGACAAGUUCGCCUCAAGACACGGACAGAAAGGAACCAUGGGAAUGAUGUAUCGGCAGGAGGACAUGCCCUUCACCAGAGAGGGAAUCACCCCGGACAUCAUCAUCAAUCCCCACGCCGUCCCAUCUCGUAUGACCAUCGGGCAUUUAAUCGAGUGUCUGCAAGGAAAGGUAGGAGAAAUUUUUGAUGUUUUGGAGAUGAUUUGAACAAAAAUUUUAUAAAUUUUUAUGUUAUUUUAGCUGUCGGCCAACAAGGGAGAAAUCGGAGAUGCCACCCCGUUCAAUGACACUGUAAAUGUCCAAAAAAUCAGCACAUUACUCUCGGAGUAUGACUAUCAAUUGAGAGGCAACGAGGUCAUGUACAAUGGACACACGGGCAGAAAGUUGACCACUCAAAUCUUCCUUGGCCCCACGUAUUACCAGAGAUUGAAGCACAUGGUGGAUGAUAAGAUCCAUUCCAGGGCGAGAGGACCCAUCCAGAUGAUGAACCGACAACCCAUGGAGGGUCGAGCGAGGUAAGGAGGAGUUGGGAUGGACAAUUUGGGAAAUUGGAACUUUUGGGGCUGGCAGCUCGCGCCCGGUAUUUGAAGUAGGAGUUAUAGAUGGUUUUGAUUACUGACGUAGUAAUCUACAGUAGAUUUGAGACUUUGUUGGAGAAUAGAAUAGUGUUUUUAUGUCAUAAGUUCGGGCGCAGGCUGCCAACUAAAAAUUUUGAGUUUCGCGGAAAGCCUGCGGCUGAAGUCUGUAGAUUGACUUCUUAAAAAUUCCUGGUCGGUAAUGUAAUAUUUACCUUGAAUUUGCAGAGACGGAGGUCUUCGAUUCGGUGAGAUGGAACGUGAUUGUCAAAUUUCGCACGGUGCAGCCCAAUUCCUGAAAGAGCGUCUGUUCGAAGUCUCCGAUCCCUACCAUGUCUACGUAUGCAACCUCUGCGGUCUAAUUGUGGUCGCCAAUCAACGCACCAACCAGUUCAAUUGUCAGGCAUGCCAGAAUAAAACUCAAAUAUCAGCCAUCCGCAUACCGUACGCCUGCAAACUAUUGUUCCAGGAACUGAUGUCCAUGUCCAUUGCUCCUCGACUGAUGACGACUUGA